AUGGCUGCGAUGUCACUAUCGGUCCCAAACCAAAUUAAUCCCAGAUUAAAAAAUAGUCGAAGCAACAAAAGCUUAGCAAGUUUUCGAACAGAUCGGUCAAACCGGUCAAAAAAUUCAGCCACAUCUGACGAGUCUAACGAGAAACAGUUCAAUCGCGAAACCGAUCCAAAUGAAUUAUCGUCGCCAUCCGCCACCACAGAAAACGGAAUAACAAUCAUAUCGUAUGAUUUAUCAUGUACUUCAAUCGAUGUUAUAAUAGAUGUCGGUGAAGGACUGAACGUAAAGAGAUUCAAGACAGAGUCUGAGGCACUUAUUAGAAGUUGCCCUUAUUUUAGAGUAGCACUUUCAACGAGAUGGGCAGAAAAAGAGAAUGGUUAUUAUUUGUUUAAGAAACCGAAUAUUACACCACAUAUAUUUGAAGUUAUUUUGAGACGUAUCUUAAAGGACGAAUUUAAUUUCGAAAACUUCGAUCAAAGUAUAUUACAGUUAUUGUUAGCAGCUGAAGAGCUCAUGCUAGACAAUUUUUGUGAAUUGAUUAUUGACAAUGCAUAUGAAUAUAAACACCUUUGGUUACGAGAAGAUUCUGUAACAUUAUUAAAGACAAUCUAUGGAUGCGAAUCUCUUGCUAAACUACGACUUCCCAUGAUAGAUUGGAUCAAUGAGAAUCCAAAUUGGCUUCUUGAUUCUCCAAACUUUGGUUCUCUUCAAUUGUCACUUCUUAAAUCAUUUCUUUCAGAUACGUCAGUCAAUGACUCGUGUAAAUGGGACAUCUUAAUUAGAUGGAGCACAUGCAUUUCAGAGAUGGUGUCAGUCGAAUCAAACUACACGAAAUGGUCGGCGGUCGUAUUCGAUGUGUUGAAGGAGAAACUUGCUAAUUUUCUUCCAUUUAUAAGAUUUUCAUUUUUAUCAAGAAAUGACUAUUACAACAAAGUCUUACCUCUACGAGAAGUUUUAUCGGAUCGGUUGGGAGAUCCCAUAUUACAAUAUUACCUUAAGGAAAAACCACCACGUCAUACUCAUCGUGAGUCGGUGACCUCGGUGGCAAUUUCCACAGUAACUUCAAUAAGAACACGAGUAAUCCUUGAAGAUUCAAAUAUCAUCAAUCAUGCACAUGCGUUAAAAAUCUCGAAUUGGUUGAAUGGCAGGAAGAAUACAUCGAAAGCAAAUGACAUUAAUCAUUCCAACUUUAUACAUCGAUUCACCAAAAGAUACGAAUUCAAAUUAUUAUAUCGUGGCAGUAAAGACGGUUUUUCCAGUGAUAUGUAUCAUUCUUUAUGUGACAACAAAGGGAAUACAAUUGUUCUUGCAAAGGUUGCUCGAUCUCCAAUUAUUAUUGGCGGCUAUAGGCCAAUAGAUGUAAAAUCCAACAACACUGAGAUAGAUGAACAUGCAAAAAAGAGUUUUAUAUUUUCAUUCGGUUACCCAAAGGGUUCUGACGAUGUGUUUCCUAGUCGCAUUGGGAGAUCGUUCGGUUGCAUUCACGCGAUUAAUUAUAAGACCACAAGUCCUGGUUUUGGACAUGAAGAACUUGUGUUCGAUCUCGAUAACAGACCUCGCGGCAAAAUUUGCUAUAAAAAUCCAUUGUAUUUUGUAGAAGAAAACAUAGCUGAAUUAGGUGAAUAUGAGAUGGAAGAUGUGGAAGUUUUUCAACUUGUUAAAUUGUAA